UCUCGGAUCGCCGGUCGCGCGGCGGGGGGGCUCCAAUGUGGCGGCGCGGGUCCCACUCCGACGCCGCCCACCACCUCCCCACCGCGGGCGGCUCCGGCGUGUCGUCGGCAUCGUCCUCUGCAGGCGCUUCGCGGAGGCGGCGGCGCCCGGGGCUGUCGUGCCGGCCGAGCCACCUGUUCUUCGCGCUCCUCGUCGCGCUCUUCACGGCCUCCCUGCUCGUCGUCUGGCAGCUGCUCCCCAUCGGCGACGGCGACAAGGCGGAGGGGGCCGAGGGGCUGCCGCGGCCGGAGGACGGCGGGGGAGGAGGGGCCAUGCGGUUCUCGACCUCGAGCGUGGCGCUGCGCGCGUUCCACGGCGAGAGCCGGCUCGAGGCGGCGAGAUCCGAGCGGCGGUGGUGGCCCGGCCUUGCGCCCGUGAGGCUGGCUAUCUUUGUGGGAACUAUGAACAUAAAUGCACAGUCCGUGAUGGUUGCUACUUUGGCAAAAAGUCUUAUGAAUCUGGGUUACGAGCUUGAGGUUAUAGCAUUUGUGGAUGGGCAAGCUAACGAUAUUUUGGAAAAUAUUUGCCAUGUAAAUAUUGUCAGCCCUCAGAGCUUGAAGUCUAUCCAUUGGUCAAAAUACAAUGCUGUGCUAUUAAGCUCUCUGGAAGGGAAAAGGGUCAUUUCAAUUCUUAUGCAGGAGCCUUUCCAAUUUCUACCUGUGGUCUGGCUUAUUCAUGAAGAUGCUCUAGGACAGCUCCUUAGAAAUCCGGAACUGCACCAGUCCAUUCCUAAUCAUAUUGAAGACUGGAGAACUCAUUUUAAUGCAUCCACUUAUGUUGUGUUUCCAGAUAGCUACCUACCUCUAUUACACUCGGCCCUUGAUACUGGGAACUUUUUGGUGAUUUCUGGUUCACCAGUUGAUAUCUGGGCAACAAAAAGAUAUGGCUCAUCACAUACUCGAGAAAGCAUAAGGAAUCAUUACGGAAGCAAAUAUGACGAUGUUGUUGUUUUAGUUGUUGGGAGCUACCUGUUCUUUGAUGAAUUACCAUGGGAUUUUGCAUCAGUUUUGCAUGCAUCAGCCCCACACAUCAUGGACAUGGCAAAAACUAAAAAUUUAGGAGUUCAGUUCAUUUUUCUCUGCGGAAAUGACACUGAUGCCUAUAACUCUGCUUUCCAGGAGCUUGCUUCUCAUAUGGGAUUUCCUGUUGGUUCUGUAAAGCAUUUCUCCAUGGCUCAUGAUAUUAGGAACCUGUUAGUAUUUGCUGAUAUUGUUCUCUAUGGUUCUUUAAGAGAAGAACCUGUUUUCCCUCCUUUAUUGUUGAGGUCCAUGGCCUCUGAAAUUCCUAUCAUCGUGCCAAAUCUAACCGUUAUAACGAAAUAUAUCACUGAUGGCAUCCAUGGCUUCCUUUUUAAUGCUGAUGACCCAAGCACAAUGGUUUCAGCUUUCACACGAAUUUUAGGAGACAAAAAAAUUUCAGCAGCAGCCUAUUCUGUUGCUUUGGAGGGGAAGCUGCUUUCCAGAAACAUGUUAGCUUAUGAUUGUAUUACUGCUCAUGUUAUGCUUCUUGAGAGUGUGUUGCAUUAUCCUUCCUACGCCAAACUACCAUCUCCUGUUUCUAAAGUUCAAGAGAGAACAUGGUUAUGGGAACCUUUUGAGACAAAAGCCACUCUAGAAAACAGUUCUUUGGAAGAUGACAGCCAUCUCCUCACAAGGAUGAUUGAUAAUCUUGUCGGAGAAUCUCAUGAAAAUAACCAAACAAUCUACUCUGAUAGCAAUGAUACUUCCUUAUAUGACUACCCUAGCCUGUCUGACUGGAAUGAUCUAAGUGAAGUUGAAAUCUUUGAAGACAUUGAGAGGAGAGAAAUUGAGGAGAUUGAUGAAAGGGUGGAAAGACCCUUGUUAUCCUGGGAUGAGGUGUACAAAAAUGCCCGAAAAUCAGAAAGGCUAAGGCCUGAAGGAAAUGAACGUGAUGAAGGUGAACUGGAAAGGACUGGGCAACCAGUGUGUGUAUAUGAGAUUUACAGUGGAGAAGGGGCAUGGCCAUUUUUACACCAUGGUUCUCUAUAUCGUGGCAUUACCCUUUCUAAAGGAGGCAGGAGACCCAGAUCAGAUGAUGUGGAUGCUGUAACCCGUCUUUCAGUUCUGGACAAUCCAUAUUACCGUGAUCGCCUUUGUGAAUUUGGUGCUAUGUUUUCCAUAGCGAACAGAAUUGACACGGUACAUAAGUUACCAUGGAUAGGUUUCCAGUCAUGGGAGGCUGCUGGAAGAAAGGUAUCCUUGUCUGAGAGUGCUGAAGAAACCUUAGAGGAAACUAUGACCAGCAAAAACCAUGAGGAUGUUAUAUACUACUGGGCACCAAUGGAUGUGGAUCAAACUUCCAACUUUUGGUCGAUGUGUGACCAGCUAAAUGCUGGUCGUUGCAGAAUACUUUUCGAGGAUGCAUUCAGGACUAUGUACGGGCUUCCAGAGGGUGUCGCAGCCCUGCCACCAAUGCCCAAUGAUGGUGAUUAUUGGUCUACUCUGCAUAGCUGGGUGAUGCCUACUCCAUCAUUUUUGAAGUUCAUCAUGUUCUCAAGGAUGUUUGUCGAUUCCCUUCAUAGCUUGAACAUGAACAGUACGGAUCCAGCUUCAUGCUUGCUUGGAGCAUCGCAAUCUGAGAAAAGUCACUGCUAUUGUCGAGUUCUUGAAGUCCUUGUGAAUGUUUGGGCUUAUCACAGCGGAAUGAUGAUGGCCUACCUCAACCCUACCACAGGAGAGAUCACAGAGCAGCAUCAUCUUGAUGAAAGAAGUGAGAUGUGGGUAAAGUUUUUCAAUUUCACUCACCUGAGGAGCAUGGACGAGGAUCUAGCAGAGGAAGCAGAUGAUGGCAUGCAUCCUGGGGAUGAUCAAUGGUUGUGGCCACUGACUGGUCAGGUAUUCUGGUCUGGUAUUGCUGACCGUGAGAGGGAGGAGAAAUACAUUAAGAAAUUGGAUAAAAAACUCAAGAACAAGGUGAAGCUGCUUGAAAGGCAAAAAUCCGGUUACAAGCAGAAGCCCCUUGGACAAUGACCAUAGGAGAUGACAAUCAGAAAGUUUUUUUGAUCAACAUCAGCUGACAAUCAGAAAGUUUUUUGAUCAACUUCAGAUGAUAAUCAUCAAACCUUUUGACCAACAUCAGCUGUAGAUUCAACCCAACAGGCAACAGACCAUGUCAUAUGGCAAUUGAACACAUUCUUGCAGCUGGGAGAGGUAAAGCGCAUGUACCGAACUGUUGUGAAUACACAUUUCUUCUCACCUCUUCGAUCUCCGUCUCUUCUCCUAAGGAGCUUGGUGAAGCUGGAGGCUGCCUGGGCACUGGAUCAUCCAUUCCAUUCGGUUUUUCUUGUUAAUAUAGAGGUUAUAAAACUAUGUUACAUAGGUCCCACUGAUUCGAUUCUUUAUUUAUCUUCCUCCACUGCCAUGAAAGUGGCAGCUUCGAGGGCAGCAGAAUUUUGGUAGCCUUGUAAACCCUGUAACUCACCAUCAUCACUGUACAUGUAAAUUUCCAGCAGAUGCACGGAUAUAAGAGCAAUAUUUAAAUCCUUCAG